AUGUCAGAAUACUUUUCUAAAUUGGUAUAUAUUCAUUCUUAACUUUUAGUUUAGAGCUUCUAGUCCCAAGGCCGCUAUGCGUCAUUCCUAAAGUAUGUAAAAAAUCAAUUGUACGAGUUAGGAAAACAACUACCUAAAGAUUUUGCUCAACAAAUCCUAGAUAAUGAUAUAAUAUUGGUUUUGAGCGAAUACACAAAUGAUGAUGCACUUAGAAACUUAAUUAAUUUAUACAUGGUAGAUUACUUACAUAUUCAUUUUUAGUUAGGAGUUGAACACUUUAAGGAAAUUCAAGAUUAAUCAUACAAAUAUUUUCAAAUUCAACUGAAUAAAUUAAUACUUAAUCCAGUUGUUACUUAACCUACAAUACCACCUUUAUAAAAACUAAAUGAAUCUCCAAUUAUAAAGAAAAAAAAUAUGCCACCUCCAAAAUUAGAUGUCAAUAUAUAGUAAAAUAAUCAAGAAAAUUAAGAUUUAUAAUAUUCAAAGACAGCAAUUGUUAUGCGAGAUACUAAAGCCACCACAUUUCAUUUUAAUGAAGAUUCCAUUAAAGAAACUCACAAUUAGAAAAUUUCUAAGCAUAAUAUAAAUAAUACUUCAAGCAUUGAUUUCGAUCAUGAAUAAUUAUAAAAUGAUAUUAAUAAUAGAGUUUAAUCAUAAUAAGAUGAACGAAAAGAAAAUAUGACUUUAGAUUUGAAACAAUAGCUAUUUUUAUUUGAUGAAAAUAAAGAAGCUAGUGAUCUUAUAGAUCAAUAUAAAAGCGAUUAAUUAAAGAUUGAAAAGAUUAAAAAUGAUUAAAUAAGCAAAUAAACUACAGCAUUUCUUAUGAAACUAUCACAAAGAAACAAUAAAAAAAAAAUGAAUACUUAAAUAGUUACCAAUAUCAAUAGAUAUAAUUCUUAACCAACAAUAAUGAAUCAAAAUAGAUGUAAUUAAGAAUAACAUUUGAUAGACGAAUAAAUUAUAAUAGAAGAUAAGAAUGAAUCAAGUUCUAAAAUCACCUCUAGUGAAAAAAAUAAUAAAAAAUUUUAGUUUGAUGAAUUAUAGGAUGGUUGA